AUGAGGCUUGCUUCUAUUGCUUCUCAUAUUAUUUCGCCUCAGCAACAUGCCUUUGUUCUAGGUCGCAACAUUUCUGAUUAUAUCAUGACUACCUCUGAGUGCCUUAAUAUGUUGGAUUCAAAGUGUUAUGGUGGUAAUAUAGCAAUCAAGGCAGACAUUACUAAGGCUUUUGACACUCUUUCACGGGGUUUUCUUCUUCAUGUACUGGAGGCUUUCGGUUUUGAUCCAAAAUUUAUGCUUUGGGUGCAAGCACUCCUUCAGUUAGCUAACCUUUCGCUUUUAAUUAAUGGCAGGCCAGUGGGUUUCUUUUCCUGUGGUAGAGGUGUGCCCCAGGGUGACCCGCUGUCUCCACUAUUUUAUUUGGCUAAAGAGGUAUUAAGUUGUGGUCUCUCUGAGCUUGUGUUAGCAGUCGAAGAUCUCAAGAAAACAAUCCAGACCCUUGCCGCCAACGUCCUCCCGGUCAUCCUCAACUGCCUCUACGAUGCCUUCGGCGACCCCAAACCCGCAGUCAAGAAACAGUCUUUGAGUCUACACCGAUUUGACAUCCACCCAUCUCACCAAAGGCUCAAGGACGCCGACUCCGGCAUGGGGGAGGGUGUCGCUACGCCAUUGGAUUAUCCAUAUGUUGAGUGUACAUCAGCAGCAAUUCAAGCACUCACGCUAUUUAAGAAAUUAUAUCCUGGACAUAGGAGGGAAGAAAUAGAAAACUGUAUUGCUAAUGCUGCAAAGUUCAUUGAAAAGAUACAAGCAACAGAUGGCUCUUGGUAUGGUUCUUGGGGAGUUUGCUUCACCUAUGCUGGCUGGUUUGGAAUAAAGGGUUUGGUUGCUGCUGGAAGGACUUAUGAAGACUGCUCUAGCAUCCGUAAAGCAUGUGAUUUUUUGUUAUCCAAAGAGCUUGCUUCUGGUGGAUGGGGAGAAAGUUAUCUAUCAUGUCAGAACAAGGUGUAUUCAAAUCUUCAGGAUAAUAGGCCACAUAUAGUCAAUACUGCAUGGGCUAUGUUGGCCCUGCUUGGUGCUGGGCAGGCAAAGAGAGACCCAACUCCAUUGCACCGUGCAGCUAGGGUACUAAUAAAUUCUCAAAUGGCAAAUGGAGAUUUUCCCCAGAAGGAUUUACAGGCGUUGUUUCCCGGUAUAUGGUUGACAGAGGUCUCAGCUGAUUCGUUAAAGAUUCCUGAAUUCCCUGAAAAUGUCAAGUUGAUAUGUUUAAUAACCUUUCUGAAUUCAGAUCUGGUAUGGUUUUCUUGUAUGGAAGUUAUGGGCAUGAAUAACCAAAUCAUUAUGAGGGAGCUAUCACAUGUAAGAGGCCUGUGGAGUAAAGGAACUAGAGCGGAUGAGAAAAUGAAAUCUGAUAUGCCUCUUGAUUAUGCGGUUUUCCAGUUGUCACCCAAGCAUUCAAGGUGAGGAAAACAAGUCAGCAGGGAUAUUAUAUUUUCAAGUUUCUUGAUGAUGCCUAAAGAAGUUGAAUCCGGGGCUGAAAUUGAAGCUAUAUAGUUAUUGAUGUUUGUCUUCUUCUUUUUUCCUUUUGGCAGAUGUGAUGUUCAGGUCAUUUGAGUUGCCGAUUGGCUAUGACUGUGACUAUGCUGAAUACCACAGUUUGCUGGAUUUUUAAUUGGAAUUGUUGGAGCAGCUCAAGUCAAGUAAGCUCAAACAUAUCAUUUUGAAAAAGAAGUUGGAACUAGAGCAUCCACCAGACACACUAGGUGCAGCUCCCUUAGCACUACACUAUGCAAGUAUGAGAGAACUUUAGUCGCAAAUAUUUGUCUCUCAAAGAUUUGUUUGUAUCAGCUUUUGCUAUUUUUCAAUGUUAGCUAGAAUGCAGCAGCUAUCAAGCUAGCUAGAAUGCCUUCUUUUUUGGUUUUAUGGUGUGGAUACAUAAAUGUAUAGAUGAUUGACAAAGGCUGCUAGCUCUUUUGGUACACUAGACGCUUGAAUUAGAGUAUUUCAUUACAUAAUAUAUAUUGAGCAUUAUAUUUGUGCAAA